AAAUGCAAACUAUGAGAGCUGAUUUAACAUACAUAUCAUUAAUAUUACUACAGUUUAAAAUACAACCCUGUAUACGAAAAACAGUCGUACAUCUACUUACAUCUCACACAUUUGGUUGUCAAAACAAAACUCCAGAGUUUCUACUUUUGUUAUUGAAGUAUCCAGCUAAGUGUAGAUUUUGUUUCAUUUCAUAAAUAUUUAAAUAAGAAAAACGAAAAGAAAUUGUUCCAUCGUAGCUAUUCGCAUAUCUUUCAUCUAACUAAAAUAAUGACACGAAUUUUUUUGGAAACUUCUUGUCUGAAUGACUCCCGUAUGAAGGUCGAUUACGCACGGAAUUUAAAAAUAAAAGAUUUCUUGGAACGUCAUCUGUAAACUCAAGUAUUCAAAUUGUGAUUGGUCAUAUACAUCCAUCAUUCUCGCGUAUUGAUCUGCCAAAUAUUAUAUGCAGUGGGACUUAUAAACAGCAGCAAAAGUGUGUGUGUUCUUAUAUUCAGUAAGACCACAUAAAAGUCAAACAAGACAAGUGCAUUUUCAGUGGCUCUUUACAUCUUUCAAAUUUAUAUUAUAAAUCAGUGUGCGCGCAAAGAGGUGGAAAACAUCUAAUCAUUUAUUGUAUGAUUGAGUUAAAAAAAAAAAUAAAACAGUGACCUCACUUAAAUCGCUUAAGCGUUGAACGUCCUGGCAUGUAAAAAAGACCACAAACACGAGCGAAAAAGAACAAGAAAAAACAAAACGCCUUUUUUUAUGUAUGUUUUAUAUAAUGCCAACAAACUAAUUCAGAAAUAAAAUGAAAGACCAUUUGUUCAAUUAAAAUAUGUUUAGAAAUUUAUUUUUGUAAGUGGAACGGUUUGCAGAUUUUGCUGAGAAGUUGUCAGCUAACAGAGGUAUCUUUAAAUAACUUUUUAUUUCAAUAUAAUAAGUGGAUGUCACCUAAUUAAGAAUAUAUUAAGUGACAAUAUGGCUAGUAUAUCUGCAAUGACAAUUUAUCGAAAAAUAGUUCAAUAUGUCAUUAAAGGCAUUUACUUGCAAUUAAUUUUUUCUGACAAAAUUAAGUGCAUACUUUUAGAACAAGUUCCACAAAACUUGCUGUCAUAUUUGACAGUUCUUUCAGUUUUAUAAUUGCACAUCUGUCGGUUUGGGCAUUACAAUAAACAAUCCUUGACCUUCAAAAUUGUUUAUUAAAUUAAACCGGUUUCCUUAAAAGUUAAAAAAUAAAAUUAAUAUUAAUGUAAAACCAAAGUUUGAAAUAUAUGAAUAACAGUCUUGCAAAGCAUUUAAAUCAACUAUAUAAUGCCGAAAACUGAAAAAGUAAAAGUGAACGUGAAGGACAAGGUUGACGAUAACACUUGUGAUUUAAGCCUUUGCGGUUUGACGGAAAUUCCAGUUAAAGAGAUUGCAUCUUUUAAACGUGUUACUAUUUUGGAUUUGUCGAGUAACAAUAUCACAUCACUCGGAAAUAAUUUCACUACUCUUACGCGCCUAGUUAAGUUGGAUUUAAGUAAGAACCAACUUAAAUCCUUGCCGGAAGAAUUUGGAGCUCUUAUAUUAUUACGUCAUCUAGUCUUAUAUGACAAUGUUCUAGAGCACUUACCACUAAGUUUUGGUAACUUAACAAAUCUACGAUAUUUGGACUUAAAAGGAAACCCCUUAACAACGUCUUUGGCUAAAGUAGUUGGCUAUUGUUUGACGUCUAAAGAUUGUCAAGAAGCUGCAAAAAAAACUAUCAAGUUUUUAGCACAAAUGCAGCAAGAGGCUAGUAAAGCAACAUACGAUAAAAAGACGGAAGUUAAUUCCGUGGUGCCGUCAGAAGAUGCGCAAGAAAAUGAAUUAACUUUAGAAGUGAAAAAUAAAUUAAAGAAACAAUCGAAAAGAGUUAAAAACAGAAGAAAGAAAACACAAAACAAUGCCACCAAAAACAUAUUGACUGGAGUUAAAAAUGAAAUAUUUGAAAAGCAAAAUCCUGUAGUUAUUUUGGACAAACUGGUUAAACCCAAAAAAUCGAACGGGAACACCAAAAAAUUACCGAAAGAAAACAGCACAGCUUUUGUUUCGAUAUUUAUUUUUUUCUUUUUGCUUUUCAUCAACAUCGGCUUAAUAUAUAUUCUAAUGUUUAAGCGCCCAGAAAUAGCGGAAGCACUUGCCAACUAUAUACCACCACAGUAUCGUGAUUGGAUUUUGACUAAAUCUGAAAUAUUUCGCUUACGAAUCUCCGACUGGAUUACAGAGUUUCGCACACCGCCGGAAGAACACUGACGGUUCAUAUAUUUGAAACCAUAAAUCUCUAUACAUGAAGCGGUUUCAAAUAGAAAAAAUACAUUAACAAAAUAUUGUCUGAACACUUGAAAUAUUUAAUCUUGUAAAUUUGCAUAAGGGAAAUUAAUAUAUAAGAUAUUUUCAAUAUAAAUUUAUGCAUACAGUUUUGUAAAAUCUAGUCUUUAAUAUUAAAAAUUAUAAAAGUCUAAAUUACACAAAUAAGUUAAUUAGUAUAAUUAUAUAUGUAUUGAAUUCAUAAUAGAGUUUUGCUCAAAACGCUGCCUAAUAAUGUGAAAUCUAAGUAAAAUACAUUAUACAUUAAAUACUUAUGUGUCAAACUAUUAAAACACAUCUCUAUCGUCCAUUAAAGUUAACUAAAUAAAAUAUGAAACAAGAAAAUAUUCACAGAUAAAAUUUUGUUAAAACCCAAACUCACCUCAGAUAUAGCACAAUAAUCAUAACUACUAUUUCCAAAACACUACAGUUCCAAAGCAAUAAACUAACUUUUAUUUUGAACAAAUAUAAACAGAUAUUAUAAUAAUUUGCAUUUUAUUGUAAUAUAGUAAUUAGCAGCUAUUAAUAUUUUUGUACACCAUUUUAUUCACAUUAGCUUCUGUUUCAUUGUAAAUGCAAUAGUUUAGUUUAAAUAGACUCUGUAAGAAUUUCUUGUGCAAUUUUGUUUAAUUAUGUUAACUGUUGAUGAUUUAUUUAUAUUUGU